CAAGCGCUAGGCCCCACCGCGACUCCGUGAACCCUCGUCUUCCUAAAAUCCCUCCUCCGACGUCCGCGCCUGUCAUUCGCUGCAGCUCUCGGACUCUCCGAAUUGUUCCCUGCAAUCCAAGACAAUAUCCCCCGUAAUCCCAAGGUCAAAUUCCACCAGCCCAGAGCUAUAAGAGAAGGCCUUCCAUGGACUCGUUCCAACAGCCUCACGGCUACAUGAGGCCACAGCCCCCUCCGCUCCACACGGCAGAUCCCAACCACUCUCAGUUUCAUCAACAUAAUCAGAUGCAGGCACCGAGGCAACCGGCCCCUCCCCAAGGCCCCUGGUUCUCCAACCAAUUUCAGUACCACCCAUCUCAGACUCCUUCACCUCCGCCGCAGUGGGCCCCACCACCACCACCUCCUCCUCCUCUUCACUCCGAUCAUUUUCCUCCGACGGGGUCGUACACUGCACACUCUAAUCCUUAUCCCCCGCCUCCGUCCUACCAUCACACCCAGUUCCCUCCACCUCCGCCCCCUCCUCGCUCCCAUGUGUCUCCUCAGUUCCCUCCUUACUCCCACAUUCCCCAGACUUAUCCUCAGGAGUGGAGUACUUCAAACUGGCCUACCAACCAAAGCUGGGAUUAUCCAGGUCAUAAGAAUGAAGAAGAUUGGGCGGCCAGGGCCAGAGCAUGGGCAGAUGCUAAGGCUGCUCUGGAAAGCCAGCAUCAGCAUCCACAAUCACAAUUUUCACCUGCUGGAAGAUCUCAGGAACAAAGCCAUUAUCAUGAUCAGUAUCAACAACCUGUUGAUUCACGUUAUCCUGAUAUUCAAAACCAGUCUCAUCCUUCAUCUAGCUAUCCACAAUUUUCCUCUUCUGAUGCAUCUAUGCAACGCCUUCCAGGACAUCAGGAGGAGCAUGCAUCUGUCAGUUCAGAGGCACCCUAUGCAUCAGAUAGUCAUUUAUCAUACAGUGCUAGAGAUGGAACUACUACUGGAGAUCCAACUGUUGCAUAUCAACACCAAGGAAACCUACCUACGAACCCAUUGGUUCACCAGCAGGAGGUACCUUCUAGUUAUAGUUCUGUUACAGGUAAAGAAACUACUGAUCACAGUCAACAAUCAUACACAUUGAUGCAUUUGUCAAGUUCGUUGUCCCAGGAACAGCAUCGCGUGCAGCCAUCAGUGCAAGCACCCUUUGCAUCUGGUAGCCAUUCAGUGGACCCAGCUAUCAGUCUUGCUGACCAGCCUUUAGAUUUUGCACCUCGGUUUAAUCGUGAUGGUGACCUACAAAUGCAAUCAACUUAUGGUCAUCAUGAUUCAGCUACUUCUAUUAGAGGCAUUGAUCCUGUAAGUGGAGUGCCUUCGGUGAAUAAUUGGGCUCCUCCAGUGGCACCUGGUGUUGUUUAUCCACCCAUAUCUCCAGUUCUUGCCUCAGGACCACAGCAUGACCCUUCCAUUACCACCACACCUCCUGUUCCUGGGCAUGUGGCACCGCCAUUUGGAAGGUUUCCUGGAUCUGGCCUCCCUCCUCCAAUUCCACCAGGUGCUGCACCUUUUGCCCUUACUGUAGGAACUACAGUGCAUCCCACAUCAGCUUUCUCUGCUGAUGCAUUUGGGGUUUCUGGUUUUCCCGAACGUCCUAAAAAGGCCUCAGUACCUAAUUGGCUUAGAGAGGAAAUAAAGAAAGCCGUUAUUGCUCCUUCUGUUGAGCAUCCUAAGGAGGAAUCAAAAUUUACGCAUGAUGGUGUUGAAAAGUCAUAUACAAAGGGUGACGAGCAAGAUAGCAAAAGCAUCGAUUCUUCUAGAUCAGCUGAUGAGGAGGAGGAGGAGGAAGAAGAGGAUGAUGUUGAAGCUGCUAGAACCGCUGCAAUUAACCAGGAAAUAAAACGUGUGCUAACUGAAGUUCUUUUGAAGGUAACUGAUGAGCUUUUUGAUGAGAUUGCAACUAAAGUUCUUAGGGAAGAUGAUCUAACUUCUGAAGUGAUUUCAAACCAUAAGGCAUCAAUAUCUCCACCCUCAGCUCCAGUUCACAAGUCAUCUGCGAAGGUUCUAGUUCCAGUUAAAGUCAAGGAACCCGAACCUGAUGCUGACAGUGAAAAAUCUAAUUCCAGCUCUCCAGGAGAUGUUUUAGGUCUGGGGAACUAUGCUUCUGAUGCUGAGGAUGAUGAUGAUGAAAUGGACAGUUCAAGCGUGCCACCUUUAAAAGAUGUCCACCAGUCAGGCAUUAUGAAUUCAUCCGAAGAUAUGCAUGAUGGAUCCACUAAUAGCAGUUCACAAUUGAGACUUGGAGAAAAUGGUGGAAGUCAAACAAAUUUGGUGAAUAAUUUGGGCAAAACUGGCUAUGGUGAUGCUAUUGGAGAGUUGCAUGAUGAUAAAGUGACCAAAAAGUUGAAUCAUUCACAACCUUUCAAGGAUGUUCCUGAAGAUAAGAACAAUGGGCUUAGUGCUUUUGAAAGAAAGCAUGAGAGGUCUAAUGGAAAGACCACUGGUGUUGAAAAAACUACAGAAGAUUCUCAAGCUAGGGAAAACAGAAAAAGACUAGAAAAAGCUGAUGGACAUGAUCAGAAUUCUUCAGUGGACUUUGCUAAGGAUGUACAAAGUAGCAAGACUAAGGCAGAUGAGAAGGUGAAUGAGAAUAAUAGAAGAAAGGAUGAAAGACACCAGAAAAAGGAAAAAGCAGAUGGCAGCAAUGAGGUAAAAGGAAGGAGGAAGGAUGACAGCAUGAGGCAUGGGGAGAAGGCAAGGGAUUCUGAGUCAAGGAAAAAGGCCUCACUUGCGGGUGCCAAGGUUGACAACAAGGAAGCAGGAAAAACCCACAGAGGUGGUUCUACAGAAAAUCCUAGCCGAAGAAAGGAACAUUCAAGGGAUAAGGGGGAACAUAAAUCAAGACACAAAGAGUCAAGUAAGUCUGACAGGCAUAAAAGGAAACGUUCUUCAUCAGUCAGCAGUAGAGGUAGAAGCAGCAGGGACCAGGCAGUUAAUCAUACGAGUGAGUCAAGUGAUGAAGGCUCAGAUGGCUCAAAAAGGAAGCUACAUUCCAGAAAACGCAACUUAUCACCAUCUCCAGUCAGGUCUAGAAGAAGACAAGUUUCGCGGUCUCCUCAUAGCAAGCAUUCUCAGCGCAGGCAUUCUCCCUACCCUUCUCUUGAUACUUCCAGGUUUGUUGCCAUAAAGUUUGACAGGGAAGGAGAUCAAGAUCUAGAUCACCUGGCAUUUCAGCUGGAGCUAUGGUCGAUUUGGCUGUCUGGAUUUAUCUUGAUUGGCCUCUCUCUCUAUGCCACUCAAAGGUUACCUUCGCUUAAGGAUCAGAGCAGAGCUCCCUACUUAAACCCAAAUGCUGUAUUAGAUUCAAGCAAUCUCAACAUUACCAUAUUUACAGCGCCUAAACCUUUCACGGGUUCUACUGGCACCAGGCAGACUCUAGCUGUUCGAUCAUGGCUCGCUCUAUCUCCAAAUGUUACAGUUGUCCUAUACAGCCAAGACUCGUCCGUUGCCUCUUUCGCCGCCGCUUUUGGUUCCCGCGUUCUAGUUGAUACCGACAUUGACUUCACCUUCCUUGGCACUCCAUUUUUCCAUUCCAUGAUUGCAAAAUCACGCUCGUUCAUUUCAGACAUAUAUGUUAUAGUUGAUCCUGAAACCAUUAUCGUAUCUGGAUUCAUCUCCACCCUAAAUUACGCAUUUGAACUUGACCAUAAUUGGCUUCUUGUUGCUUCAUCUCGAAAUGUUUCUUACUUUCCAUUCCACUUGGACAAAUCUGGGAAACAUUGGCAGUCAGAUAAUGGGAAACGGGUGCAGAUCCAGGAGAUGCAGGAAAUACUUAAAAAGAAUUGGCAGUGGAAUCAUUGUGAUAUGAAAAUGCUCAUAGCAUGGAACAGUAGGGACAUGCCCUUAUAUAAUGGAGUUCUUCCUCCUUUCUUAUUCGGGAAGGGUGUACAUAAUAGUUGGAUGAUCCAUGAGGCCCUGUCAUCUGACUUCAGAUUGGUGCUUGAUGCUAGCUUGACCAUCACAUGUCUCCAUCUGAAUGGUCAGGAUGAUUAUCAUUCUACAAUUAGAGAUUCUGACGCCUUAGAUAAUGAAAGCAGAAAAUGGGAGUACAUGGGCAAUUCCCAUGUAGGGGCACACUAUGGCUCAUUCUUUUAUAAUGAAGCUAAUUACUCUGGCCUGCUUAAACUUGUCAGAUGCAGUGGUCAAUAUAUUAUAAUUGACAGACAGAAAAAUAUGGUCUAUACAAUUGGACAUCGAGGUGCAGUGGGACUGUGGAAGGGGAAUAUCUUCCAUUCUUGGUUACAGAAAAGCACAUUAACUUGCAUUGCUGACCAGAGAUCACUGGCCGGAAUAUUAGAGUACUCUUUCAAAGAUAAGAUGUUACUUUCAGCACCUUUGGAGCUUCCGUUCUCCUUAGAAUCACUCCUGUCUGUCACUGCAGACAAAAAUAAAACAAUUGUAGUUACAGUAGCUGGAUAUAGUUACAAGGACAUGCUCAUGAGUUGGGUUUGUAGAUUGCGUCAGCUCUCCGUUGCAAAUUUUUUUGUUUGUGCUCUUGAUGAGGAAACCUAUCAAUUCUCGAUCUUGCAGGGACUUCCUGUUUUCAGGGAUCCUUUAGCUCCAAGCAAUAUUAGCUUUAAUGAUUGCCACUUUGGAACAAAGUGCUUUCAGAGGGUGACGAAAGUGAAGUCCAGAAUAGUUUUGAAGAUACUCAAGCUUGGUUACAAUGUACUUCUCAGUGAUGUCGAUGUGUAUUGGUUUAAAAACCCAGUUCCAUUGCUGCAAUCUUUUGGCCCUGCUGUUCUUGCUGCACAGUCUGAUGAAUUCAAGAAGGAAGGACCAAUAAACCUACCCAGACGCUUGAACUCAGGCUUCUAUUAUGCGCAUUCUGAUAAUCAAACAAUUGCUGCUAUGGAGAAAGUGGUGAAACAUGCAGCAACUUCAGGCUUAUCUGAGCAGCCGAGCUUUUAUGACAUGUUAUGUGGGGUAGGUGGAAUCAAAAGAGCUGGUGAUAAUAGAUGUGUGGAACCUGAAACAAACCUGACUGUAUAUUUCUUAGACAGAGACCUUUUUCCAAACGGUGCUUACCUAGAUCUGUGGCAGAGCAACGAUGUCAAAGCAGCCUGUUUGAAGAAGGGAUGUGUAGUUAUUCAUAACAAUUGGAUCAGUGGGAGGCUGAAGAAGCUGGAGCGUCAAGUCUUGUCAGGUUUAUGGGAGUACGAUCCCAGCACAAGGAUGUGUCUGCAGAGCUGACACAGUAUCAAAACUGUGAAGUUAAUUUUGAGGAAGAGUGGAUGCUUUCUUAUUCUCUCUAGACAAAAUUUUUGUUCUCACUCUAGGAAGAAUGACAAAGAAACCAUUUCCUUCCUUCACAUACAUACGUUUAAGAAUGUGCUGAGCUUUGGUUUUAUCAUUGGUCCCGGGUGGAAAUAUUAAAUUAGUCGCAGGCCGGCCAUUGGAAACACGAAGGAUCUGCGGUAGCUAAAUGUUUAAAUAAAAUUGACUUUCAUCAUGCUCAAACCCUACCCAAUGUUAUCCACCAGCAACUAGUUGAGAAUGAAAGAUUUGGGUCACACUACAUUCAACUGCAGGCUAUGCUCAAGCACGUUGCUCACUUGUUAGGCUUGGCGGAGAAAAAUGAGAAAGAUCCCAGAAAAAAGAACCAACUGAGAGGAACUAAGGCAUCCCCAGACUACAGCUUCCAAAAAUCGAAUAAUAUUUUUGUGAGGAUAGUUCAUGCAGGUGGAAAACAAGAGCUGUAUCAACAUGCAAUCCUUGCAUCCAAGUUGAUGGAAAAAUAUCCGGGCAUGUGUGUUGCCCGGCCAGAAGUCUUCAAAAAGCCUCACCAGUCAGUGUUAUGGCCGGAAGAGCGUUUGCUUCCUGGUCAAAAAUAUAUUAUAAUCUCGUUUCGAGAUGUGGGGAAGCUGAAACGUAAACUUUCAGAAGAAGGCAAACCCAGAGAGCCCAAUGGGGUGGUUUCAGAGAUAUUGAAAGUAAAUAUCACCAAGUCUCCUAAUGGACAUAUUAGAGAAAAUGGUAAAUCCGAAGUUCCCAAUGAGGCAGGACCAGAGAAGUUCGAGGCUAAUACUCCCCCGUCGCCUGGUGGACGCAAAAUAAAAGAGAACGGCAAAAUCAAAGAGGUGUUGGACGCAAACGCAAAACAGUCUCUUGAUGGAGGAAAUGAAAAUGAAUCUCUUCGUUCUGCAGAGGACUUACAGGGGUCCUUGGAUAAGCCUACAAUAAGAUAUCCAAAACGAAAAGGAAUAAAAGGGAAGAAGCCUUUUGUGCCACCUCUUCCGCAGGUAAGACCAUAUCGGAUUCCGGGAUGGCAGCCUAGCCUCCCAACUGUGCCAGAGCUCUCCCCAUGAUUUUUUUAUGGUUUUACCUGUACGACUUGGUAUUAUGAUAUAGUUCUAUCUUUACAAGACUAGAGUCACUAAUUUCUUUUGCUUGGUUCUAAACAAUUGCUUUUACAUCCUAUAACAAUGUAGAAACAUAAAACUUCUUCUAAUCUUCUAGAUGUAUGGAUCUUUGUUAGAUUCGAAAGAUAAUAUCCGCAUUACUUCUCGAUUUAA